GAAUAUUGAUCAAGUGAUUGAAAGGCGCAAUCUACAUCAAAAGAACAUUGGCAUGUUCGAUCAACCAUCUCGUGAGCAACAAAUGAACAUUCCAAUUCCCAAUGUUGAGACAUAUGACGACGAGCACAUGAGGGGAGAAAACCCGCAAGGAUUGAACAUAGAAGAAUUACGGAAAUUAGAAAAAUUAACUAAAGAAAGCUUGAGUCGCGUCAUUGAAAAAAGGGUUAUGAAUUUAUCGGCGGGCCUAGGACAUUUGCUCGGACGAGGCCAGUCAUCGAAUUCCAUGGUGACCAAUAUCGGCAGCAUGAGCUCAUCCGAUCUCCUUAAGGACUACGACAGCUCUUAUG